AACAUUAUUCUUACUAAUUUAUGAUACUGAAUAAUUUUUCUAGAUGUGAAGUAUUUCUCUUAAUUAAAGCCUCAACAUGUAAAACCACCUUGUUUUAUUUGGAACAUGGCACACUUCCAUAUAUGAGUAUGCUAUGUUUCCUUGUUGAUGCCUCCCUAGUCUCUCUCUCCCUUUCUUUCUGUCUCUCUCUCUCUCUUCCGUGUAGAUCUCUCCAAUGAAGCUCCAAACAAUGGAGCUUCCCUUUGUGAAAAACCAAACGCUUCAAAAGACCCCAAAGAUACUUAUCCUAGUAGCCAUAACAGUAGUCCUCUUCACAAUCAUCCCUCUCUACUACCCUUUACUAGGGUACACUCUAAAGAACAUUUCACAACCAACUUCUCCAUAUGACCCUACUGUUGAUGAUUCAGAUUCAAUAAAAACAGUCACAAAUGAAAAGUGUGACAUCUUCAGUGGUGAAUGGGUUCCAAAUCCAGAUGCACCAUACUACACAAACACAACAUGUUGGGCAAUCCAUGAGCACCAAAAUUGCAUGAAGUAUGGGAGACCAGACAAUGGGUUCAUGAAAUGGAAGUGGAAACCAGAUGGGUGUGAUCUUCCUGUUUUCAACCCAUUUCAGUUCUUGGACAUUGUUAGAGGCAAGUCUUUGGCCUUUGUUGGUGAUUCUGUGGGCAGGAAUCAAAUGCAGUCACUGAUAUGUCUCUUGUCCAGGGCAGAGUACCCUAUAGAUGUGUCCUACACACCAGAUGAACACUUCAAACGCUGGAAAUACACAUCCUACAACUUCACCAUGGCCACAUUCUGGACACCCUUUUUAAUCAAAACCCAAGAGGCCGACCCAAACGGCCCAACCCAAACGGGCCUCUUCAACCUCUACCUCGAUGAGCCCGACAACACGUGGACCACUCAAAUCUCCGAAUUUGACUACGUCAUUAUCUCCGCCGGCCAUUGGUUCUACCGCCCCGCCCUCUACUACGAAAACCGCCACCUCGUCGGCUGCCGCUUCUGCCAGCUGGACAACAUCACAGACCUCCCAAUGUACUAUGGUUUUAGAAGGGCUUUUAGAACAGCUUUUAAGGCAAUCAAUAAUUUAAAGGACUUUAAGGGAAUAACAUAUUUAAGGACUUUUGCACCAUCACAUUUUGAAGGAGGUUUGUGGAACCAAGGUGGGAAUUGUGUGAGGAAAAGGCCUUUUUUGAGCAAUGAGAAGCAAUUGGAGGGUGAAGAUUUGGAGCUUUAUAUGACACAAGUGGAGGAGUACAGGGCUGGAGAGAGAAAGGGGAGAGAGAAAGGGUUGAGGUAUAGAUUGCUUGAUACAACACAAGCAAUGUUGUUGAGGCCAGAUGGGCAUCCUAGUAUUUAUGGACAUUGGGCACAUGAGAAUGUGACAUUGUAUAAUGACUGUGUGCAUUGGUGCUUGCCUGGACCUAUUGAUACUUGGAGUGAUUUGUUGCUUGAGAUGCUGAAGAGGGAGGGUAGGAGGUCUUAUGAGGAGAGUGUUGAGAGGAGGGGGAAGAAAGAGAGGAUGAGUUAGAUUCCCACUCACUUUUUCUUUUCUUUUCUUUUCUUUUCUUUUCUUUUUUCCUGUUUUAUAUAUAUAAUGAUACAUAUUUUUUUUAAUUGCUUUAGAGGUGUGUUGUCAGUGCCUCCUAAUUGUUGUUUAUGGAUAUGUUAUAAUUUGUAUCAUGUGCCGGUAAUUUUAAAUGGAGGAGAUUAUUAAUGACUAAAAAUAAUGAUAAUCCUAUUGUUUAAGGUCA